AUGAAAGUCUCUACUGUGGUUUCAUAUAAAUCUAAGAUGGAGCCCAACAAAGACAAGCUUACGUGGUCUCGAUUGGCUUCUCAGCAGCAUCAAACACCGCAUAAAGGGUGCCCCAUGGCGAGACCACCAAUUACAUCUGGAUCAAAGGGUGAAAUAAGACGGAGGGUCGCGGCAUCUCCUUUAUUGGUAUCGUAUAAAAAACAAGGCAGAAAUAAAAUUACUAUUCCAUCUCAUGGGCAUGGAAACCAUUCAACUAACCUUAUUACGCAGAAACGCGCGGAUGAUCCGUGUGUUUGUAGUACUAUAGGGCGAUCAUUGCUAGCAGAUAUGAAUUCAACUACAUCUGUGCGCCCCAAAACACCUGGCGUAAGUCGCUUAUUAAGUACUCCAUAUUCCUCUCGACCACUUCCUCUUUCAUCACUGCCAUCGCUUCGACCCACUUCUACCUCCAUUCCUUCCACUGUUAGUCAGCCUUAUUUCAACAUUCUUCCUGAACGCAGCUUUUUUGGAAUUUUCAAGGCUGCUACUUCAGUGACAGUGCGAACAGAUGCAUCGAUUAUGUUUUGUAAUAGUGCCAGAGUUUGCCCACUCACAGAUUUCCAUCCGCUCGCAGUCACCCCAUCGUCUCAUCUUGAUGCUCUUAGAGUCCCUUCAGACAUCAUUACUGAAUCAAAACCAACUCAAAACACUAGGGCAAACUGCUACGAUGGCGACUCUCAGGAAGACAAGCUUCAACUAGCUUUAGAAGCCUCUGCAAAGAAUUCAAGGGCCGACGCUGUCUCCUCAGGAUAUGACAAUCCAACUUGGCUUAGAAAUAAAACAUAUGUAGAAGAGCUUGAAGAGGGAGUUGUAGGCAAUGUGUCUGGUAAUCACAGGGAGUAUGCCGAAAGUACCGAUAGUGGCUACAUGAGCAUGAAUCAUACUGGUGGCAACUCCAUUAUUGGGGGAACUGAGUCAGCUCUUAGUGAAUCUCGAACCCAACUGGCGUUGUGCACUGCCCAUUUACGCGCUCAUCCGCUGCGUUUUUCAUCUGUAGGUAGCAGACGAGAUACGUCAGGUGCCCAAAAUCACUACCGUCGAAGCACUUCGCUCACUUCCAUUCGACCAUCUGGGAGUCAUAUCCCGCCACACAAUCGUGGAUGCAGAAAUAACUCAAUAGCCUGCAGCCAGACUCUCAACAUGUCACAGCUUUUUAAAACCGGCCUGUACACAACCCUGUGGGUUUCAGCUCAGGACGGGAGUAUUGAGAUACGUUCCAUGGCAAACCCUCGUACAGUUAUGGCCCUUGUUCCAAAGACGUCCACACCUACGUUCGUGACCUCUCUCUUGUGUAUUGGUCUAAACAGGGUUGCCGCGGGGCACAGCAAUGGCAAGAUACGAGUCUUCGAUGCCUGCACACUAAAAGAGUUGCAGGAGGUUCAGGCUCACACUGCCUCCAUUACUUGCAUGACAAUCGUCACGUUACCAUCUGUUUUCCCUCUUUCUUCUACGUUUCCUGAAUACGGUAAGAAGAAUGAUAGUAGUAGUACAGAACCAAUGGGUGUCGCUAGUGGAGAAUCGUUCACUGUCAUUCUCACUGGUUCCCUAGACUGGACUAUAGGUGUGUGGGAUAGCAAGACUAUGAAACUGGUUGCGCGUCUAAAAGACAACCGUAAUGGUGUUAGUGCACUUACUGCGAGCAUGUGUGGUUGCUAUGCUAUCAGCGGCAGUGUAGAUGGCACUGUUCGGUUGUGGAAUCUGAUGACAAACACGCAGGUGAAGCUUGAAGAGGGGGAACGCCGGGCUUUGGUGCAUCACCAAAAGCUUACCGCGCCCAAGGAAGAAUUUCACCGAAGUAAGCCACAUGAAAAAGCUAAUAGUACACCCAAACGACCCGCUAAAGACAAACGAUAUAGCCUUUCUUCCUCUUCUGUUGUGGGCUCUGACACUAUUUCUCAUUCUGUGCAUAUGCCGAAGAGAAUUAAACGUGGGAAGCUUGCUAAGGAAAGACCACUAAGCUUUGUUUCCAAACAAGCGCCGUUAAUGAGAAGCAUUCUUUCUGCACGAUCCCUUCCAGAUGCGAGGGGUGGCGGAAGGCAUAGUAUAGCCAGGUCAUCAGUAGCUCCUAGUGCUUGCUUUACCCCUUUGCGAACUUCCGUAUGUCCGAGUAGGAAGGGCAACAUUGAUAAUACGACCAGGAGUUGUCGCUUCAACGGGCCAAAAUUAAGCAAAUCCAAUGUUGUAAAAAUGACGGAGGUGGCUACAAUCGCAUUGCAUCACUCAGAGGAACAUCUGCGUGCAUUGACUUCAGUCCCACAUUUUUGUGUUGCCUCCCCCAACAUCUACUUGCCUUGUUGCCACCCCUCUGGGAAGGAUUUCCAGAACCCUUACGACUUCAACUGGCCCAUUGACAACGCUCAUAGCGAUCUUAUAUCUGGUCUGGUUGUGGUUAAGGAUCGCCUACUUGUUACAGCAUCCCGCGAUGGGACCGCCAAAGUGUUUGGCCUUCCCUCUGGGGUAUUUCUCCGUAGCCUAACAGUCCCUGCCAAGACACCCCUUUCAACAAUUUUUUUUGAUCGUCAGCAAUGCCGCCUGUUAUUGGGUGUGGUUGAUGGUACCCUUCUCGCCUACGACCUCCUUUCUGAAGAGAUGCCGAUGGUUUUGCAAGCGAAACCACCCGUUAUUUCGUUUUCUUCGGUAUACAUACCCCUCCGCACUACCACCAUGAAGCGUUUUUUUCUGAUUUCGUCCACGUUUUUUCGAUAUGAGCCAUCGUGUGACCAACCCUCGGGGGUCUCCUCGCAUGUAACAAGUGUAAAAACUGUGAUACAAAUGGAUCGAACUACUAUGGCGCAAGAUACCGGAGGGAGGCCUACGACGCACCGUGUAGGUGAACCGUCUUUCCGUGAGCUUCAUCUCGCCACUCAGCAAGGCGAUCUGCAGACUAAAGUACAAGAGGGCAAAGUUAUUGUUUCGAAGGUCUGCACUAUGGGAACGUUGGAGGAUAUGCAGCUGGAGAAUGUACGGCAGAACGCCUUAAUCAUGCAGCGGGUUUGCACUCGCAGUUUCCUCCUCCGAUACUUCCUCGUCCUACAGAGGUGGGGUUCACAAAAGCGGUCCAUGGCCAAGCAGUUUUCACAACCAAGAGAAAAGCUUAUCAUGUUUGAUGAGCAUGUCAUGCGCAUUUAUUGGGAUCGCUGGAGGCUGUGGUGGCGCAAGUAUUGCAAGCACCGAUGGUCUGAUGCGGUAGUCCUACUUCAAGCUCGUAGCCGCUACAGUAGGGAAAGUGCCAAAAGUGUAGAGAAUUAUCGUACUUUUCAUGAAUGUCUGGAUGCAUUGGCCACAACACACCGGCGUAUUUGCGCUACUGUCAUCACAUAUCGACAACAUGUUUGCAGACAAAAUCUCUUCCGGGACGUAUUUUGUCUAUGGGCUACCACUUCUAGAUUUCGACUCAUCCUGAAACGACGGGAGAGCAUUUUUAAUCGUCUCCUAUCUUUUAGCACCCCUUUCUGUGGGACUUAUGGUACCACGCCGCAGAUUCGUUUAGGACAGGUGACUCGAUGGCAAGGGCAGCAUCUGCAGCUGCUUUGGCUAAUGCACCGGUUCGGUGAGUCUUCGAGACAGCUGCUGCGUUGGCGUUACUAUAACCAGUGGAAGGAGUUGAUUAUUCGACAACAGGAGCAGAUUCAAGGGUGCGAAAAUAACGUGAUACCGCUUCUUCCACACGAAGAACCUUAUUCCUUUCUGUUGAUCCGCAGUAUGGUGCUGCAGACGUCAUGCUUUCGGAAGUGGCGUAUUUAUGCGUUGUAUGUUGCGAAAAACGCUCGUGUGAAGGACGAAAAAUAUACCAUGUAUCGGGAAUGGAUAAGCUUGCAGAGUGUCACUAGCAAUACAUCUUCACUAGAACAGCUUCGUUCUGAAGAGGUAGAACUUGAAAGAUGCGUUAUGCAGGCAACAGCUGAACGCGAGUCCGUGAAGGCAGCGGAGUGUAUCGCACGAGAAGAAGUUACAGCAAUGCAGAUGACGGAAGCUAUGUGUAUUUUGCUUGGAAGUUUCCUCAAUGUGCCUUUGCUGAAUUAUUUAAUCAUGAGUCGCACCGGUUCCAAUCAACUACAACUACAAAAUACCAAGGGCUACAUCAGCGGCUGCAGAGCCCACUCUCAACCUAACACAACUGCCGAAUCUAUACCUUCUCGUGUGUGCCAUCUGUUUGGUAUUGGUGCCCAUCUUAGUACAUUUACACACUGUAAUCAUCGUCGUUCAAUGUCUUCAGGGGGUGCCAUUGCAGAUAUUAGUUUCAUAUCCAAUGUCACUGACGAACGUUGCUCUUCAUCAGUCGCAACCACUUAUUCCGCGUCUGAGCGUGUCAACACACCUAGAUUUCACUUUUUACAGACUAUUUUGUUAACGCUCAAGGGGGAAGUUUUCCAUUGUUGUCGGGAUGGGCGAGCUUUAAUUGUCGCACACAACCUUGCUACACGACUUCAUAUUGUCGACCUAAAUACCACCGCAGUCGCUGACAACAAUCUUGGUGAUUUAGAUGCCACUUAUGGCUCCCUUUAUCUUAGGAACACUGCUGACUCUGGGCAGGAGUACCGGCCCGGCAGCACUGGUACUCGCCCUUCACAUGCACUAUUCAAGGAGGACUUGCAGCAUCAGAACGAGCAUGCCGCCGGUGGCGUGUCACCGUGGAGUGUUACGAUGACAAACCGCCUUCGUGGGCAAUCCAUGCCAGUCUCGGAUAAUUGCGUACCCAUGACACUUUUACAACAUAAUAAUCACGCCACGAAUUCGAGACCUCAGGCAGCUUCGUAUACACAGGGGACCGAAUACAAAACGCUUGCAGAAGCAUUUGAAGCUAUCACGGAGGAGCUGAUCACAGUACUUAGUGAUGCUGCACGCGAUGUCGGUAUUGAUCUCAGGCAAAAUAAUAUCUUUUUGCCGAUACUAGCUGCUAGCGGCGUAUCUGAUGACGUGCGAGGCUGUGUGCUCCUCCCUGACGAUGAAGCAAUGCAUCCUAUCGAGUCACACAACUAUGCACAAACGCCUCCAAUCCCGUGCCCUUUCCACAUAGGUGAUUCUAAGCAGAAUGCUCCAGCUUCUACAUCCCUAGGUGAUGCGACAAAGUAUUGUUCUGUUUCGGAUUCAUAUCAGCAAAUGUCACGAGUGCCACAGUCAUCGUCAACCGAGCGUGAUGUGCGGACUUUACUUAAAUUAACGCACCAGCAUGCGCAUGUGCUGCGAUGGACUCGUCUGAUUCCUACUAAAUUGCGCCACCAAAUCAUGAACUUAGUCGUGAAGCUCAUCGUCCUGUAUGACAGCUUUAUCGCACAUAGUGAAAUGAGUAUUGAGGGGACUGGUAGUAUCUCCAUACGAGGCUCGAGUUCCGUGCGGCCACUCAGUGACAGCUGUUUGUGCAGCGAUUCGACCGCGGCGUUACUGAUCCGUCAUGCGACACCGUUGUUGUUGUUGCUUCAACCCAUGCUAUGGGAGAAGAAAAUACAAUUAAAAACUCUUACGAAUACUUACAUUAAUUCGAUUUCGAUGGGCCCUCCGGAUGCUGAGGGCCGCAGUGAUGCUUUGGGAUCAACUAGCCUUCGCGGCUCGUGCUUUUCAGAUGUGCAGAAUGCCUCUGCAAACGCUUGUAACACUGUCGUGGACAGCAGUUGUGCCUCCUCGUUGGAGAGCAGUUUCGUGCAGAGCACUUCCCUACGACGACAACAAAUUCCUUUCCAUUUCCCGCAACCACAGCUGCGUCUUUCGAGUGUUGUCAUCAGCAAGGGCCACGGUAGCAAACUACCGGGGCACCGAACCCCCUCGCGUGAUCGUUCCUACGCGGGAGAGAGCACAACUAACGGUGGUAUGUGCUCUCAUUGGGCUCAUGACUCUGUGUCGGGCACGGGGGUGGGCGCAACGCGCGCUACCGCUAAGGCUGGCACCAUGAGAGUGGCUGUCCACCGGCCCCGCACCCCCUCAUGUGUCGCUUUAUCGGUCGAGGAUGAUUUGGAAGUCGAGGAGGUGUCCUCUCGACGAUCCCACGAUACUUUCAAUAUGUCUACGCGCUGUGGGACACCACAUUUCACAUCGCAACGGAGUGUGUCUCUAUCAUCGUGUGGUAUUAUCAAGCCUUACUUAGGCUUCCGUGUCACCGUGAACCGGGGUGCAGACAACUCCACGCGUAUUAGUAUAAAGGAGGUCAUACCCACCUAUGAAAUUCCUGAAGGUGAAGAGGCGAAAAGUCCCGCAUCAAAGGCAGGCUUGGAGGUCGGGGACCGCAUUGUGCGUUUUGCUGGCUACACCGUGACCGACCUGGCGGCUUUCAACGCGAUCGUGUCACGCCACGCGCGGGUAGCAGCUGAGCUGCCAAUGGAAGUAGUACGGAAUGGAGAAGCCAUUUUAUUGAACAUUCAGGUCGGAUCGAGACUGAGUUAA